AUGCCCCAAUUCCUCAACAAGACAAUCCAAGAUGGAGACAAUCCGGAUCUCACCGAGGAGCGUAAGACGGGUACAUUCAACACGAAUGAUAUGGCUUCACAGAUUUGGGGCAGUGAGAAGCGCGCCCGUCGCCGUCGUGAGAUCAGUGCGAAAAUCGCUCAGCUCCCCGAACUCCACGACUCGAAACCAUUGCCAUUCAUGACGAGAGAGGAGAAAAUAAUGGAGAGUGCCAGGAAAGUGACAAUUCUUACCGCGAGAAUGUCUGAGAUUAUCGAUCCAACAGAUCCAGCCGAGUUGUAUCAUUUGAAUAACGAAGUCCUUGGAAUCGAGGGUAACCCGAUGGCCCUUCAUGGAGUCAUGUUCAUCCCGGCACUCUCCGCCCAGGCAUCCGAUGAGCAACAGGCGAAAUGGCUCCCGAGAGCUCUGAGAAGAGAGAUAAUUGGAACUUAUGCUCAGACAGAGAUGGGACAUGGAACCAACCUGCAAAACCUGGAAACCACCGCCACCUAUGACAUCUCCACCCAGGAGUUCAUCCUACACACCCCACAAAUCACCGCUCUCAAAUGGUGGCCAGGAAAUCUCGGAAAAAGCUCAAACUAUGCAGUGGUGGUUGCUCAUAUGAUCAUCAAGAGCAAGAACUACGGUCCCCACCCAUUCAUGGUGCAACUUCGAGACGAGAAGACUCACAACCCACUCCCCGGGAUUACUGUAGGAGACAUCGGACCAAAGAUGGCAUACAACAUAGUGGACAACGGAUUCCUUGGCUUUAAUCAAUACCGUAUCCCUCGAACCAAUCUUCUGAUGAGACAUACUAAAGUGGAGGCUGAUGGGACGUAUAUCAAGCCACCACAUGCAAAAAUCAACUACUCCGCAAUGGUUCACGUGAGAAGUUAUAUGUUGACGGGACAGGCUAUCAUGUUGUCGAUGGCACUGAAUAUUGCUACAAGAUAUUCAUCGGUUAGACGGCAAGGCCAGAUUGAUAAGAGCCAACCCGAAGUAAAAGUUCUCGACUACCAAACCCAACAGCACCGUCUCUUCCCCUCAAUCGCCCGUGCCUACGCCUUCCAAUUCGCCGGUGCCGAGACAGUCAAACUCUAUGAGCAUGUGUUGAAAGAGAUGAAAUCAGGGAAUGUGGAAUUGAUGGCUGAUCUACAUGCCCUAACUUCUGGUCUCAAAUCUGUGGUUACUCAUCAAACAGGAGAAGGAAUAGAGCAGGCGAGGAUGGCGUGUGGAGGUCAUGGUUACUCGAUGGCCAGCUACAUCUCGGAAAUCUACGGAGUGGCUAUCGGUGGUUGCACAUAUGAAGGAGAGAAUAUGGUAAUGCUUCUCCAACUCGCUCGCUAUCUCAUCAAAUCCGCCGCCGCCGUCAAAUCAGGGAAUACCUCGAAGCUAGGACCACUCGUAGCCUACCUGGGUGCCAAAAGUGAGCCAACAUCCUUGAUCGAUCGUGUGCCGAAUAGUGGAUUCGUGGAGUACGUGAAGAUAUUCCAACAUAUUGCCAAACGACAGACCCUGAAAGCUGCUGAUAUGUUUUUUGGGUUGAUGGAAAAGGGAGAGAAAAGAGAGAUCGCUUGGAACAAAUCGUCCGUCGAGUUGACUAGAGCGUCCCGUCUCCACACGCGUCUCUUCAUCGUGGAAGCCUUCAUUCGUCGUGUCAACGAGAUCGUCGACUUCAGAAUCAAAGAAGCGCUCACAGAUCUUCUUCAUCUUCACGUCAACUAUGAACUAUUGGAUAUGGCUCAAUAUGCACUGGAAGAUGGAUUCUUGUCGUCCAGUCAGUUGGAUUAUAUCAGGGAACAACUCUAUUUCUAUUUGGGAAAAGUGAGACCUAAUGCGGUUUCGUUGGUGGAUUCAUGGGAGUUCAGUGAUAUCGAGUUGAGAUCGGUUCUCGGUCGUCGUGAUGGUCAUGUCUACCCGAAUCUCUUCAAAUGGGCAAAGUCCUCCCCAUUAAAUAAGACUGAUGUACUUCCAUCAGUCACUCAAUAUUUGAAACCAAUGAUGGAGAAGGCCAGGCAGAGUAGUAAAUUAUAA